UCUCAUCAAGCAUUGCUUUGUUUCCGUGCCAAUACGGCUUUGUGRUUGCAUCUUGUAUCGUGUAUCAUACGGGACCCUCUUGCUACGGACCCUCGGAAGACCACGAACAAAAUCCGUAGGUAAAAAGUACAAGAUGGAAACAAUGACCCUCUUCUCGGCGCUGCUGCUGCUGUUGCUGCAAUCUGCAACGGGCGUUGCAGAAAGCAGCAUGAAUACUGGCGGAGAGGAGAGCCAAAUCCAUCUCGGCGGUCCGUCGUCCUGGGUCUUCCCCUUGCUCCUCUCGUGCCUCGCGGGAGCCUCCACUUGCGUUGGUGCCUCCGUGGUGUUUUGUUUCCGCCCCUCCGCGAUCCGCCGGUCCAUGGCUUUUUCCCUGAGCAUGGCGGCAGCCGUCAUGAUCACGAUCUCCGUGGUGUCGAUCCUUCCCGAGGUGGCCAGGGGCAUCCUGGUGGCGUACAAGGAGGAGCAAACGGGGGCUUCAAACGACUACGGACACAACGCUUUCGGCCUGUUGCUCCUUGAGCGUCUCUUCUGGUUCGGGGUGGGGGUCGGAGCCUAUCUGUUGCUUGCCAGGCUCCUGGUCUUGUUGCCGGAACCAGAACAUUUGUACCUCCUGGAAGAUCCGGGAGACGACGAGGACCACAAGAGGAACUACGAUUUGUACCUGUCUGACGACGGCGGCGAUGGCAAAGACGAGGAGGCGUCUUCCGGUCUCUCCCCCUUGCUCGUCCGGCGGCGGGCCACCGGGAACACAAAGGGUGGAACCAAAAAUGUGGCGUUGGACCGGGCACUGUCGAGCGACACGCUAUCCUCGUCCAACCACAGCAGUUCAUUGAAAGCGUUGGAGAAUACCACUCCGUAUCCCGAGGUUGUGGAAACCGGGGAAGACUUGUCGGCAUUCUCCAAGGAACGACGAAGACGAUCGUGGAGGGUCACCCUCAUGUUAUUUGCGUCSUUGCUGAUCCACAAUUUUCCGGAAGGAUUGUGUGUGGUACGUCGGUAAUCAUCGCAAUAAAGAGUGCAAUCGUUGAAGAUGCACAUGGGAUUUGUUCGUCACGGAUUUUUUCUUAUUUUAAAUGAUUCAUUCGCUCACUCUGUUAAUCACGGACUUGUGUUCGAUCAAUAUUCAAUGCUCAGGCUGCCUCCGCCAAGGAAUCACCAGAACUGGGCAUUACAGUCGCUAUUGGAAUUUUUAUUCAUAAUGUCCCAGAGGGGAUUGCAAUCAGUGGUGCGUACUAGAUAUAUCGAGCACAUUUUCACCUUCUGGAUCGUGUUUCGACGGACUCUCUCACUCGUUCGUUUCGUUUGUCGACAAUCCUUUCGCAACGCAACAUCGAUUCGCGUCACAGUUCCCUGCAUCGCCGCACGACCCGACCAGCCCUGGUUGGCAUUCUGGCUCGCUAGUGCUUCUGGGCUUGCCGAACCGCUGGGUGCGGUGGUGGCUCUAUCAAUGCUCGGUGCUAGCAGUGACCCUCCAGACCUGGAGAACGUCCUGAGUUUUGUGGCUGGCGUUAUGAUCACGGUCGCGCUGAGGGAGCUCUAUCCUGAGGCUCUGAAAGCAGCGGAAGAAGCCUCGAAACAUUCACAACAGCAUUCCACGAGGGAUUCCACGAGGGAAGCCCUUCUGUUUCGGAGCCCGCGACUGUCACGGUUCAUGCUGCAGCCACAGAAUCGAUCAAUUGUGUGGGGUUCCGUAAUGGGGACGGCGCUCAUGGUGGCUACAGAACUCUAUUUGACGUGAGGAAAGGACCACCAAUCGGCAAAAAUGUCACGAUAGUGGUAUGGGGCUGGCAGAAUCAUCUUUUGUACAAGACAAACGUGAUUGGUCGAAUCAAUCAAAAUUCUCCCU